CAUCAAUUAUCAAAAUUUGAAUAUUACUUUAAAUGGAAGGUGGAAUUGUUUCUUAUACCUGAAGAAGAACAAAGAGAAGAAGAAGAGCAGAGUUUGAAUUGUUUCCCAAUCUCAAAGUGUUUGUUUUCUUCUCCAAGUGUCUUGAGGUAUUCUAUUAGUUUAAUUUAUUAUAAGGAUUGUUUAACGUUGGUGUAUUUAUAUACACCUUCAUAGAGAUAGGAGACAGAAGCUGAGGUAGAGAUCAAGGAAGCUAUAGAGAGAGAUGGCAGCUGGUUUUGCAGUAGCAGCAGAUGUUUUUUGGUCUGCGAUUAUAGUUGGGAUAUGUAUUUUAUUGACAAGAAUCUGGCAUGUGAUGUGGUUGAAGCCAAGAAGGAUUCGGUCUAUGCUCUUAAAACAAGGAAUUAGAGGGCCAAAACCUCGUUUCUUUUAUGGCAACACUCAAGAAAUGAAGAACAUCCAAUCAAAUAUCAGCAACACUCAUCUUCAACCUCGACCAAUUGAUGCUAUUUCUCACAGUGCUUGGGUUCGCUCCAUGCUGCCUUACUUCCAACAAUGGGCGCAACAGUACGGACCAGUAUACAUGUACUCGACAAUGAAUAAGCAGCAUCUGUAUGUGGACCAUCCAGAGUUGAUCAAGGCAAUGAACCUGCACAACUCCUUGGAUUUGGGUAGACCUAGAUAUCUCUCCAAGCCCAUGGCGCCCCUCUUUGGCAACGGCAUUAUUAGGGCUAAUGGACCUCACUGGGCCCAUCAAAGGAAGCUCAUUGCUCCUGAGUUCUUCCUCAAUAAGGCUAAGCACAUGUUAGAGGUAAUGGAGGAAUCUACAAUAGCCAUGAUUAAAAAAUGGCAGACCAAAAUUGAAAAUAAUGGAAGAGUUGCAGAUGUAAGUGUUGAGAAGGAGUUGAAGGGUGUAGCAGCAGACAUUAUCUCCAAAGUUUGUUUUGGCAGCUCUUACUUCCAAGGCAAACAAAUUUUUGCAAAGUCGGCAGCUCUUCAGGAAGCCUUGUCAAAACCAAGUUCACUUUUUGGGCUCUCAAACUUUAGAUUUCUUCCUACAAAGAGCAAUAGGGAAAUUUGGAGACUUCAAAAAGAGGUAGAGACAAUGAUACUGCAAAUUGUAAACGAACGCCGAGAAAAAAGCAAGGGGUCUAAUAAACCUGAAGAGGACUUGUUACAAGCGAUACUUGAAAAUGCUACAAAUAGGGAUACACAUCUCCAAGCUACUGCUAAUAUUAAUAGUAUUAUAGUAGACAAUUGCAAAAACAUAUACUUUGCAGGCCAUGAGACAACCGCUCUUACAGCUUCUUGGUGCUUGUUGUUGCUCGCAUUACAUCCUGAAUGGCAAGAACGUGUUCGAGCUGAGAUUGCGGAGAUUUGUGGCGACAACCUCAAUGAUUGCUUAUUAGACUUGGACAAACUUCGUCAGUUAAAAACGCUAAAUAUGGUGAUUCAGGAAACACUGCGACUCUACGGUCCAGCAGUAAUAGCAGCAAGGGAAGCUUUUGCAGACAUAAAGCUAGGCGAUAUGACAAUUCCAAAAGGCACAAACAUUUGGAUAUUGAUCACAGCAUUGCACCGUGAUCCUGAAAAUUGGGGUCCUGACGCUAAUGAGUUCAAGCCGGAGAGAUUUGCCGGCGGCAUAGCUGAAGCUUGCAAGUACCCACAGUCAUACAUUCCAUUUGGUUUCGGCAAUCGAUUGUGCAUUGGGCAGACAUUUGCAUAUCUACAACUUAAAAUUCUGCUUUCUUUAAUUCUAUCAAAUUUCUGCUUUGCUUUGUCUCCAGAGUAUUGCCAUUCACCUAAAUAUAACAUGUUGUUAGUACCUGAACAUGGCAUCAGACUGCUUGUAAGCAAAGUGAAUGGCUAUUAAGGGGAUGCAUUUUCAAAAUUAUGAAAUAAAUUUAUUAUUUUCA